GACACACGUUGUCUUGACAACAAGCCUAACAACCUCUAACAACCUACCCAACCAAUACUAUGCGCCACACCAUCUGUUUAACAAGGCCAUGUUCUGCAUGAGUAGAGAAUGAGACUGCUUGUUAGUCUAGUCUUGGCAGGAUGAGUCGUAUAAAAACAAAAUAUAUGUACGCAUUGACUUGCUGAAUGGUAUACAAGAUAUAUGCAGGUAGCUUCGAUCUGGAACUCUGCCUGUCUAAGCAUAAUUCAUUCCAUUUUGAUUUGAAACACCUAGCUCCUGGGCUGGGCGCUCUAUCUCGUCUCCUGGGAGGAAACGAAGGAGAAAUCUUAACUCAAUUGGUGCUACGGAAAUGAGUCAAGACGAGGUUAAUGGUGACCGUGACCCAUGGAGGGAAAAACAAUUCUGGAAUUCCACAAUGACGACCUUAUCAUAUGGCGCAAGAGACCUGUGGAAGAAUCCGAGAAUAACAAUGAUCAGGAUCGAGGUACUUGUAUCAUUGGUUGCUGGUGUCCUACUCCUCCUCGCCAUCUUUGGGUCCCAGCGGCGCCGAAGCAGAAACUGGUUGCUCCAGAAAGGUGUCUUUGGGGCGUUUACAUUGUCCUUCUCGGUAGCAACUUAUAUACUUGGUUCUAUGCAGUCUUCUCCGGUGAAGAGCACCAUGUACCCCAUCUGGGCCGUAUCUCUCAUCAUGCUUCAUGGUUGCACCGACUCUGUCACAGCCUAUAAUCUAGAUGACAACAAACAGCUAACAAGAUCCCUCUACCAGGCUGUUAUGUACAGUGCAUAUGCGUUUCUCCUUUUGAUCAGUGUGCGGACGCGCUACACCUGGGCACUUUUUUAUAUGGUUUUACUUGCUUUUGUCAGAUAUGCACAAAGAUUUGCAGUAUGUCAUCUAGCAAGUAACUCAUAUCACUGGAACAAAAUAGUUGCUGAUCACAUGUAUGAGGAGCAAAAUAAGGAUGCGUCUGUCACCAUGGAAAACUGCCGUUACCUGGUUGAGUGGCCCGUCAGCAAAUCCAAGUUUGAUGCUCCAACAUAUGCAACGCGAUUAACAGCGGAAGAUCCUGAUGAAAAAUAUGAAGUCAUUGACAUUGGGGAGAUUUGGCGGUGCAAGGACAAGUCACUAGGCCCAGAGCUAAAGGAUGCAUGCCUUUCCUUCUCUCUUUUUCAUCUGCUGAGAAGGCGCUACUUUGGGUUUGCCUGUGACGAAUCCAAAGACAGGGCACACGAUUUUGUCUUCAAAGGGCUUCUGUCGGUGUCGGAUGAUGAUGAUGCCACGGACUAUAACAGGGUGUUCAAGGUGCUUGAGGUUGAGUUAGCCUAUACAUAUGAUUUCUUCUUCACCAAGUAUGCUGUCAUUUAUUAUGGAUCAAUGGCUGCAACAAUUUGGUCCCUGAUUUCUGUCAUCGGCUUAUCUAUCACGGCAUUCAUUACUGCUAUCACGAGCCACAUUAUAAGUAGAGGUAGAGAUGAUGUUGUUAUCACAUUAGUGAUACUUGUAUCCACUGCUUUACUUGAAUUCCUACAGAUGUUGUUUUACUGGAUGGGCAUUUGGGGCAGAGUAUCAUUUGUUUGUCAGUCUAUCAGGGAACAAGCAAGAAUCAACAGAAACAAAGCGAGCAUAGGGGGAAGUUGCUUCGUCAAGAUUGGUGUGUGCCUUGCAUAUUGGAUCAUGGGAUUAAGGAAAUUCUUGCCAAUAUUGGUGUGAAGUUUGCACCAUACCAACACUACUGGCAACACAAGCUUGGGCAGUACUCAUUACUUGAUUCAGUCAGCCACAAUCCUAACCCGUCAAAGCAUAGAUCCGACAGAAAGCUGGGGACAGUGGUGAAAUUCUUUCACCUUAUGGACGUUAGGUUCUUCCAUCAAACAAAUGUUCAGGCAUUACAGGUCCGACAGAAAGCUGCGAAAUCUGUUGAGUUGCCUGAUGAAGUAAAGGAGGCAGUUAUCCGGUCUCUUAAACGAACCAGUGGCACACUAAGCAAUGGGAGAUCUUCUUUACAGUUCAAUGGAGCAGAGCAUCUCUUAUGGGCCUGUGAGUGGGAAAUGCACCUGGAUCCAAGCUGGUCCCAGAGAAUACAGAAUCAGACACACAUUAUUUUGACUUGGCACAUUGCAACAUGGUACUGUGAGAUGGUACCGCUUUCUCCAGUUGCGGCACCAGAAGUCAAGGUAUCCUUUUGUGUUGCCACAAAACUGUCGAAAUAUUGUGCAUACUUGGUGGUCUCUGCGCCAAGGCUUCUUCCUGGGCACCACUACGAUACAAGAAGCAAGUUCGAUGCAGCUGCAGUAGAAGCAGUCACGGUCCUGGAGAAGUCAACGAGCAAGUACGAGGAAAUGAAGAAUUUAACACUGCCACAGGAGACGAAGACGAUCUUUGACAGCGGCGUCAAACUUGGGAGGCAACUAGAGGAAAUGGAAGAAGGCGCCCGCUGGAAGGUGAUGGCUGAUUUCUGGGCCGAGAUGAUUCUCUACGUCGCGCCGUCAGACAAUGUCAAUGAGCACAUUGAGCAGCUGGCGCGGGGCGGGGAGUUCAUCACCCACCUCUGGGCUUUGCUCUCUCAUGCAGGCAUCCUUGAAAGGGAUCCCGAGCAUCAAGCUGGGGGCGUGUAACCAAAACCGCGUGCAUAGUUCCGUUUAAAAUCACUGAUUUCUCUUUCUGUGAGUGUGUUUAAUUUCUGCUUGUCGUAAUUAGCGGCAUGUGCCACUGUUUGUGUUUGAUGCAUGGACGUUGUGAUUGGUUUGUCUGUGGCGUGCGAUAUGUCUGUAAGUCUGAAUUUAGUUAAAAUUUC